AUGUUUAGUAAAUUCCAAAAAAUUGCGAAAAAGGCUGGCAAAGAAUCAAAACAAAAAAAAUCAGGAUCAACCAAGGCCAAGGAUAACGACAAUGACAGCAAUAAUAUUGAGUCCUCUAGUAAACAAUUGGCGGUAGCCGUACAUAAAAAUACCGGUACCGCUAUUAAUUAUUUUAUAUCGAGGGCUCCCGGUUUGAUACCAGUAGUUGUUAACACAACAAAGUUGUUUCCUAAAAAAAAAAAUAAUCGAAAUCAUAUUAAUAAGGAAGUUGUUCACAAUCACAAUUUACCUCAAUCUCUGAGUUCCUUUGAUGCAAGAUCGAAUACUUUGGCUCCCUCUUCAAGACGUGGUUCUAGAUCUUUAAAUGCGGUAGAAAUAGAAAGUGGUAAAGGUCACAUCGAUCAUCAAAGGCGUCCUUCUGAACCAACCCCUCUACGAUUAAAUAAUAUCAUUAUAAUUGAUGAUGAUGGUAAUUACACACCUAUUAAACCUCGGGGAGUACCUGCGAUAAAUAUUCAUGAUUUCGAUGAUGCCGUAAUCGAGCGAGAACAAUUAUUCUACCCCGUCGAUCACUCCACCACUUCAAUUUCAAAUGUUCACAUUAUUAAGGAAGGAUAUCUAAACAAAAAAAUUGAUUUCGAUUCGAAAAUUUCUUCAACCUCCCGCGGUUGGAAAGUUUAUCGUGUCAUUUUAAGAGGAUCAAAAUUAUAUUUUUAUAAACCUCCUUCUGAGGCAGUUUUAAAAACUUUUUUUCCAAAUAAUAAAGACGUACCGAUGGGAAAAGAUAUUUCUUCAACACUUUCUCCUGUAAUAGCGAAUGAUCGCGGAAUGAAUCUUAAUCCUUCCAAUUUUGAAUCUAAUACCGCAAAAUUGAUUUUUGAAGGUGGGUCAAAUCCUUCCAUCGGUGGAGAGUUUCGAUUGAUCGGACCUCUUAUAUCAAAGUAUUAUUACGGUGAAACAUGUCAUGAGGUGGAUCGUUCGGUCGCUAUGAGAUUCAAGAAGCAUGUAUGUUUACUCAUAUUUGAGGACAAUAUAGUUAUUUGUAAACGUAAGUGGGUGAGGUAUACCGCUAACUUUAGACCUAUAAUGGAUGCGAUGGGAUUUGGUGGUGGUAAUCAUUCCUUGGUAAAUGUCUCCUCUUCAAAUGGUGGAGUUGAAUUCGGUGGUCAAGAUGUUGAUACGAGAAGCGUUAGUAGUACGCGUGGCAUCCCUGAAAGUGAUGGUCCAACAACGAAUAAGGGGAAAGGUUAUUAUACCAAAUGGAAGCUCGAUGCCUGUUAUUCAAUUCAUAGCGUUGAAGUUAUUCCGGAUCCAAAAUUUCCGAUUUAUUCUCCUUAUAUCGCCCCUUCUUCACAACCAUCUUAUUACACUUCUACAAACAGGACAAAUGAUAUUGAUACCUCCUCACUUCAUUCUGCUUCUUCCUCGGUUUCCCUCGUUGCAAAUGCUACCCCUUCCUCCGGUGUGAUCCUUAAUUUAAAUAUAACUGAUGGUCUUGAUAAGGAUAGUUAUCGUGUUUUUGUCGUAUCGAAUACUGAAGUUAGAUCAUUAUGGAUGGCGAAAUUGUUUGAUGCAAAGAAAGCAAGUUUAAGAAAAUUGAUGUUGCGACAAGGAGGCACCCCGGCUUCCCCUACUUAUGAUCUAAACCCUUACGGAGAGCAACACAGCCCUGUCGGAUUACAUGAUCAUAACCUACCCGGCGAAGGUGGAUCAAAUGCUGUUCCGACCGUCAGAAGAAGAGCCUAUUGGGGAACCGAUAAGCAUCCGGAAUUAAUUCUGAAAGAAAUUUUACCUGAACAUGAGAAUGUGUCGGCCACGACGUCACCCGUUUACCCGUCACCUCCCGUGGUCGAAUCACAGAGGCUUAUUCGCGGAGGUUCAAUUGAUUCAUUGAUUCAUGAGCUCAUAUUUGAAACUCAGAAAGAAUUACGUCGUUGUGGUAGCAUGCAAAGUUCCCUCAGUGACAAUGAUAAACGAAAGAAAUCAAACGCUAUAAGCAAAAGACUGAUCACCGUUUUGACCAUAUGGUGUAAGAAUUUUGCCCGAGAUUUGUCGCGUGAUGAAGUGUAUAAUGAGAUGAUGGAAACUGUGAAAGUUUUAAUAAAUGAAGGUGUUACUGAAGGUGAAGAGUUAAAAAAAUUGAUACAGGAAACUCGUGUCAAUCCUCAAAGCGUCAUGGAUGACUAUGAAGAUGAACCAAUAGUUUCUCAUAAGGGUCCUCCAACCCCAUUCUCCUUAGAUCUUUCCAAUUUACUUAUCACAGGUUUAACUCCUGCUCUGUUCUUAAAGAUGAUUCCAGAGGAAUUGGCUCAACAAUUGUAUAUUUAUCAUUUCCUAGAACUUAAAAAGACAAAUCCAAAGCAAGAUCUGAAAAUUUUCGUUCCGUCAAAACACCGACCGGAUUCAUACACAAGGGAGAAUCCAUUAAACGCCAACCCCGCCGCUCCUCAUUUUAUAACGAGAUUAAUAUACCAUCAUAUAUUAAUCUCAACUCAGCAAUCAGCUUAUACCAGUCGUCGACCUUUAUUAUUGACUCAUUGGAUAAAGACCGGUGUAGCAUGCAAAGCGUUAUGUGAUAUGACCGGUUGGAUGGCAGUUGCUUCGGCCAUUUGUUCACCUGCCAUCGUGCGUCUAAAAGAAACGUGGCGACGCGUUGAUAAGCAGUGGAUAAAUAUUAUUGUCAAGGAUUGGGUUCCGAUUUUGGUUACAUGUGGCGGUGUUAGUGGUGAAGUUGAUAUUGAGAAUGUCAAAGCUUUAUUACUUGUUGUGAACAAUAAUAAGGAGAAGAAUAAGACGAAACCCAUUCCAUACUUUGGGUUCAUCACACUCGCUUUGGAAAGAUUAAAUUCCACUGUGCCAGCUAUCAUCGACCGAUCCACCAAUGACACAGCUCGUGUCGGUUCAAGGAAUAAUAGUGUUUCGGGCAGUGUUAUAAAUUUUGUAAAGUACUGGAGAUUGUAUGAUACUAUCAUCGAAUCCCUCGCUCAGUGGCAACAAGCCGAGGAUUUCAAUGAGUUCAGUGAAGAUUCUUGCCCUUUUUCACCUUCCUCCCCUUUACAAAAAUAUUUUCAUCAAUUGAAUUCCGUUCCCACUUCUUCAACCCUUGAUACUUGGCAAUUAUUUGAUUCUUCUUUGAGUUGCGAACCAAUACUUCAUGGUCAAUAUUUGGAACAUCAUGCUCGUCAACGAAAAUCUCAUUCUACAUAUUACCCUCUGGUUUUCACUGAAGUUAUACCAACGAAUCGAUUAUUCAAAAAAUGUGCUUUCUUAAACGCUAGUGGAACUUUAGGUAAAAGGAAUUCUAAUUCUUCUUUAAAUCUUGGGGAUGCUAAUCCUGCAGUGUCAUCACCCGGACGUUCCGCCAUUUCUGCUCCCACAAACCUCAAUAUGGACGCGAUACCAGCCUCAACCUCUAGUAAACCGAACUCUCCUAGUCAUCUUUCUGUACAUCCUUUACGUGGUAACGUUAGGAAGAGGACUUUAUCCUUCCCACUGGCUAGAAUAGGUCCCCUGACUUCUACUACCUGGAAUACCGGGUUGGACCUUGUCACGAGAAAUUGGUUGGGUGGACUCGUUCAACAUCGUGGAGGUUACACGGUUUUGUUGAAAUGCAUGAAGGAUAUUGCAGGCGUUGGUGAAAUGUUAAUGUUUGUAAAAGAUGGAGAGUUGGUCUUCAAGUCUGUAAGGGAUGCUACUGGGUCUCGUCCUGCAAGUCUGGUGGAAAAUUCUUCCGGAACAGGUUCUAAACGCAAUUCUGCUCAUGGUCUUUUUGCUUUAACUCAACAACAAAAUUCACCACGCACAAGUAUACACGCAAACGGUGAUCAUGAUGCUCUUAUGGUGGUUGUUAAAGCCGGCACUUUGGAGCGUUUGGUGGAUGUUUUAAUAAAUGGUGUUGCAUCUUAUAGCACAAGCGUCUAUGAUGACAAUGGCGAACCUCCUUUAACUAUCGGAAAGCAAGGACAGCUCGGAAUUAAUUCUGAAGAAUAUUUCGCAACUUUCUUUAGCACGUAUCGUAGCUUUUGUGGUCCUAUUUUGCUUCUUGACAUUUUACGAAAACGGUUCAUGAACGCCAAGAAAGUUUCAAAAGAAACCGUCGAACCUUCAAAUCAAAUCGAAGUUUCACCGAGCCUAACGCGUGAUGAUACCAGUUCAAAAACCGAAUCAGUGCAUUAUGAUUGGAAUAUGGUUGCUUCAAUUCAAUCAAAAGUUUUAAAAAUAUUUAAUUAUUGGAUUUCAGAAUUCUUUUUUGAUUUCUUGGAUGACUUAACUUUGAGAAAUCGUUUAAUGCAUUUUAUUAAUGAAGCCAGAACUGAAGUGAAAAAUUGGUCUGAACUUGUCACGGAAGAGCCUGUUGUAAUCCUUGCUGGGGAGAUUAAAGAUUCCUUAAGAUCAUUGAAAAGGUUGGUUAUAAUAAAGAGCCUUGAACCAGCAUACGACCUUCCUGAUGAAAAAAUGACUUGUUUUGUAAAUAAAGUGAUGAGUAAUCAAAUAUCAUCCGCGGAGAAUGAUAACAAAGCAACAGAAAAUAAUGAUAAUUUGGAUGUCCCUUCAUUAGAUCAUAGCGUCGCUUCCGAUCUUUUGGAUAGUUUUGAUUUAACCGUGCUUGGGUUGUUUGAAGCGAUCACACCGCAAGAAUGGAUUUUAACUUAUGAAAUCCUUGAAACUCAAUCUGCAGAUGUUCUUGGCUGGUAUCCGAAAAAACAAUCUUUAUGGAUUUCGGAAGAUGAAAUCCUUAUCACAGACAUAUUCACAACCAUACAACAGACAGAAAGAAACGGAAAAUCUAAAGAAUAUAUCCUUAAUUCACUUCCUCGACCAAUUCAAUCCUUAUGUCGUAUGCAUUACGCCAUACGUAACUGGGUGAUUCAAGAAAUCGCACAAACAUCUAUCGAAUGCGAAAAACGAGGAAAGCGGAUAGCUAAAUUGCUUGAUAUGAUUUUAUUAAGUCGGAAGAGAAUGGAAAAAUUGGACAUUUAUCCCAAAGACGAAACUGCCAAGCAAGAUUACGAAUUUAAAAGAGGAGUUCCCUCCUUUGUUGAGAGUUCAAUAGUUAGCGGUUUGAUAAGUCCAGAGUGUAGAUUAUUCACAAGAGCCUGGAACGAUGUUGCAAUUAGUCGAAAAGGUGGAUUAGAUUCACUUGACACUUUACUUCAAAUUGAUUUACUUAAGCUUGUCGACGAUUUACAUCCCAAUUUCGCUUUAGUACCAUGCGUUGGUUGGUUAUUUGAGAGAAUGUUGGAAAUUUGUUGUAACGUUCCUGAUAUGUCUUUUGAAUCAGAAAAGUUGAUUAAUUACGAUAAACGUCGCUACGUAUAUAAUUUGACGCAAAUAUUUGUUAGAUUACAACAUGAAUUGAAGGAACGAUCUCAUGAAAGAAAGCCUUCCGUCGAUGUUGGAUUCUUGAUGAAGACAAAUUCACACAUAAUCGCUUCCAAGUCGGACUUCCGAUUUAUUAAGGAUUAUUCUUACAAGGAAAAUAACGUGAAUGCAACACAAAGAACAGCCAAGUUCCCAAAACCGUUUAAUAAACUUAUUUCUGAGCAACAGGAUAAGAUUAGACGCGACCAGAAAGAGAGAGAUCGUUUAGCUAAAGAUAUACGUGACACUCAGAAUAAAUUACAAAAGAAACAAAAUGAACUUGAAAAACGGUCCAGAACACAGCAAAGACCACGUAAUAAGUCUAGAGUUGAAACUUUUAUUAAACAAGUUGCACGACCCAUUUCUAUUGCUUUGGCAAAUACUUGGCAUUCUGGAAAUUCCGCGAAUAUAAGAAAUUUACCUGAAAAGUCUCAUCACUCAUCUUCUAAAGUAGCACUCGUUAUUAAUUUAAUUAACUCUGAGGCGUCUCCCGAUUAUGGCAUCACACUUGAUUUCGUUUUUCGAAUAGUAACUGAGGAAGGAGGACAAUACUUAUUCCAAGCUAUUGAUAAUGACAUUAUGAAUGACUGGAUACGAGUUAUUAAUGAAGCGGCCAUAGAAGGAGCGGAAAAACGUAAAACUAUAUUAAAUAAGGAACCAAACAUUGAACCUAAAGAAGAGGAGGUUCCCGAUGAACCUAAAACGCGAAGCUCCGUAUAUGGUAAAGAUUUAGAAACAUUGAUGCCCGAUGGCAAGAUUCCAGUUUUGGUUGAAAAAUGUAUAACAGAAAUUGAAAAGAGAGGUCUUACGGAAGUUGGUAUUUAUCGGCUUUCCGGAGCUACCAACGCUGUUAAUAAACUUCGUGCAUCUUUCAACAAAAAGUACAGAGACAUUAAUGUCAUAGCAAGUGCUCUCAAACUCUUCUUCCGUGUUUUGCCUGAACCUAUAAUAACUUAUGAAUUAUACGACGCUUUCAUCGAGGCUGACGGCCUUAAAGAUCAUGAUGAAAAGCACUAUUCUAUUAAAGAUCUUUUGAAUAAACUUCCCAAAACAAAUUAUGAGUUAUUAAAAAGAUUAAUUGAACAUUUGGAAAGGGUAACUGAUUUUCAAGAAGUCAAUCAUAUGUACGCAAGUAAUUUGGCUAUCGUUUUCGGACCCAAUUUACUUAAAUCUAGGGAUGAUGCAAAGACCAUAUGCAAUCUAGGUCAUCAUAAUAGCAUUGUCAAAUGUUUGAUUCUUCAAUAUCAUUGGUUCUUUAAUGUCGAAGAGGAAGAGGUCUCUGAAACCGAGUAUCAAGAUGAUCUUUUGGACGAUCCAGAUAUUGAAACUAGUGAACCUGACGGAGGAAAUGUGACGGAUGAUGUUUCAUCAUUUGAAAAUUCUUCAGGGAAUGAUGGCACAUGGCAAACGAACGAGCCGAAUUAUGAUGAAUCAAACAAUUUAAUUAAUGAAUCCGGAAGACGUUCAAUCAUAGAAGAACAUGGUGAAUUCUCGCAAGAAAAUUUACAAGAAUCUAUAGAAGAAUCAUCUAAGCAAGGUUCUGAUUCAGAACAACAGCAAAUCUAUAAUAAGCAUAACUACGUUGAGGACAUUAACAACAGAGAUUCAAUACUAACGAAUGUAACAGAGGAUCUAGAAGGAGAAUUGGAGGAAUCAUUGAGGGUACCGGAGGAGAAUACGAUACAUGAGCAACACGAUGUACCUUUAAAACAUUCAGAUAUAACUUUUGAAGCUAGUCAUCGUGAUUCCGCUUUGACGCAUGCAACAGAGAAAUCAGAAAAUGAAUCGACAGCAGAACUUGUGAAAAAGGAAGAUUCAAAAGAACAAAAUAUUAACAAUAUAUUACAAAACUUUAGUGAAACAGACUGGAGUUUCUUUGAUAAUUUAUCAACAACGAAUGCAACUACGAAUUCCAAAAGAAAAUCCAGGUAUUCAAUAAUGUUUCUGGGUAAGCGAAUUUCCCAAGAAAUGUAUAAUAAUGAAAUAAAUCUAAUAGAUUUUGAUUCUGAUUAUGAAACAUUGCAAAAUGAUGCUGAGGGCUCGAAUGAUUUUAGUGAACAUUUAAUGGAUUAUAUUGACAAUUAUAAAGAGCAUAACUCCAAGUUAGAUAUACCGCUGCGGCCAGAACAAUUUGUUCGUCAAGAAAAAAGUGAAUCAGAUGUUGAAAUUUUGAAUCGAGAUCCCGUUAUAUAG